AAGAGGCUGCAGAGCCUCACGGCACUGAUACUGCCAGUAUCAAAUCAAAUUUGAUAAUAAUACUACUACUACUACUACUACCAGAGUACUACAGGAGGACUACCAGAGUACUACAGGAGGACUACAGGGGGACUACAGGGGGACUACAGGGGGACUACAGGAGUAGAGGAUUAGAGGAUGACUAUAGGAGGACUACAGGAUUACAAGAGUGCUACCAGAAUACUACAGGGGGACUACAGGAGUACUGCUGCUGCUGUACUGUAAAACCACAGGACUGUUGUUAGAGGAAGAGCGCUGCUGCUAUCGAGAGAAUCUGAAGAACUGGGAGGUCAAACGGUCAAAAGGAAAAAGUUGUUUUGUUGUAAGAGGAAGAAGUAAGAAGAUGUUUUUUGGGACUCUGGUCUUCGUCUCUCUGCUGUCGUCCGUCUGCAGCGUCUCUCCGUCUUCUCCUCCUGCAGACGAAUGUUCCGGCAUGUCCGUCCGUCUGCGGGCGUUCAGGCUGAAGAUGAGCUGUAACUUCAGCUCUCUGAAGGAGAAACAGCUGAAGGAGAUCCAGGCGCCGACCACCAACCUGUACCUUCCACUGCUCUACCUGCUGGCCUUCAGCGUGGGUCUGCCCUCCAACCUGCUGGCUCUGUGGGUGCUUCUGUUCAAGACCAAACCGCUGCCGUCCACCACGCUGCUCAUUAACCUCACUGCCGCCGACAGCCUGCUGCUGCUGGCACUGCCGUUUCGCAUUGUGUACCACUUCAGAGGGAACCACUGGGAACUGGGCGAGCCCUUCUGCCGUGUGGUGAUGGCGCUGUUUUACGGCAACAUGUACGGCUCCGUGCUGUGUCUGGCGCUGGUGGCUCUGGACCGAUACGUCGCGUUGGUUCAUCCCUUUGGGGCCAAGACGCUGCGCAGCCGGCGGACGUCUCUGUACAUGACAGCGGCGGUGUGGGCAGUGGUGCUGGCGGCCAUGUUGCCGUUGCUGGUGUCGCAGCAGACGUACGUGCUGGACGAGCUGCAGAUCACCACCUGCCACGACGCGCUGCCUGAGGAGGAGCAGGAGAAUUACUUCCUGCCAUACUUCGCCACCUUGUUCACCUUCUGCUUCCUGCUGCCCUUCCUGGUUGUGCUGUUCUGCCACGGUGCCGUGCUGCAUACACUGCUGGCCGAGGGGAAGCGUUACGGCCACGCAGUGAGGGUAACGGUGCUGGUGCUGCUGGUGUUCAUCGUGUGCCUGCUGCCCAGCAACAUCCUCCUCCUCCUCACAUACGCAGACAGCUCGCUGGACGGAGACGGCGAGGACAUGUACGUCCCCUACAUGGUUAGUUUAGCAGUUAGCACCUUCAACAGCUGCAUCGACCCCUUCAUCUUCUACUUCGUGUCCGUGGAGUUCAGGGAGAAGGCUAGGAGUGCCCUGUGGUGCCGCAGCGAGGACACACGGCCAUCUGCGGGGAAUACGGUGUCGUACUCUUCAUCCUCGUCAUCGGGCCUGAGGUCGAAGGUCACCGUGCUGUCCACGACCAGCAAACUGUCAGAACCACGUUUACCUGACGGUCACGUGACCGCUGCCGUCUAGAGCUGCAACUACUUACAUUAAUUUACAGAUUAUUAACAUUAUUAAUCUGAAUAAUAUUUACAUUGUUAAUCUGCAGAUUAUUUACUUGAAAUGUCAUUAAAUGUCACUUUAAUAUAAUAUAAAACAGAAUAUUUGAGAGGCUGGAAACAUGACUUUAAGGAUUAAUCGAUUAUGUAAAUAUUUGUAGAUUAUUAUUAUUAUUAUCUGUAGACUCUUCUGCGUUCAUCACGUCUUAAACUGAACGUUUUGAUUGAAGGCAGAAUUUAAACUUCAUGCUUAUUACUAUAGUUUAUUUAUAUAUUAAUAAAAAUGAAGAAUAUCAAAAUAUAUUGUUUGUGUGUUUGUGGUUCAUAUAUUCAAGGGACAGUGAAAUUAAACAACUUGUAUUAAAACUUCUGAAUAAAU